AGCGAGCUGCGCAGUGACGCUGGAGGUGCGCGGGUAGAAGAGCCAGAGUCGGCGUCAGAACCUAACACUCGUCCUCUUCGCCCUCAGUCCGCUCGGAGUGCCCCUCGAUCGCUCAAUCCAGUGUCCAAGGAUGGGGCGCCCCGGUCCUUUAGCCCUCGUUCUCCCUCUGUGGAUGUGCUUCGGGAGAGCAGCUGCCGGUCUUCAUGAACCUCAGAUCUGUUACGUUCUGGAUGGCAUCCUCUUCCUGUACGGACUCGUGCUCACCACCCUCUACUGCCGGCUCAAGAUCAUCAGUUGUAAGAAGGGAACAGCCGCAAAACCAAAAGGCACUGAAGAAGGAAUCUACUCGGGUCUGACUCAACCUGCGGAUACGUACGAAACUAUCGGCAUGAAGACCUAAACACACACACACACACACACACACAAACACACACACAACACACACACAAACACACACACACAAAUACACACACAAACACACAAAAAACAAAUACAAAACUAUCGGCAUGAAGACCUAAACACACACAAACACACAGAUCUUCAUAUUUUUGUUUCUGUCCGUAUUUAAAUUCAGAUUUUGUCAUAUUUUGUGGUGGUUUUUGUGCGUCUUCUGAAACUGAGAAAAUGGGAACUGGUUUGAAUAAGAGGAAACUGUAAAACACACACUUCCUUAUAUGGAAUUAUUUAGUCACUUAAGAAGCUUCAGGUUUUUUUUGUCUUAUUUUGUUGUGUGUGUUUUUAUUUCAGAAUACUGUCGCUUUUAUCACAUUAUUAUAAAUUGCAUAGUUGUAGUGCAAUUGUUGUGUAUUUUAUCUGUGUUUUGUUGUCAUGGUUCUCGAUUUCUAAACCAUAAUUAAUAAUUUAAAUCGCUCUUUAUUUAGACAGUAGAAUGUGAUUUUCAACAUUAAAUCGUCGUACUUUCUUUUAUUUUACAGUGUAAGGCCGAUACGAUACAGUGAGCUUUCGAUACGAUUCGAUAUAUUUCAACUCGAUUCGAUACCGUUCAGUAAAAAUCAAGUCUAAAUUGUGGCUGUGAAACUAAAAGUGUUUGUUAAACCCACUUCUUGUGCAAAGUUCAUAUGAAACAAAACAAAAGUGUGUCAUUUGUUUUUCAAAAUAAAACCAAAAAAAUAUAAGAAAACUAAAAAAAAACAACAAUUUCUUCAUUAUCUGUCUCCAAAACCAAAAUGAAAAAACAGAUAAUGAUUCAUUUUUUCAGUUUUCGAUUUUGUGUUUAAAUGAAGAAAGGAAAAAACACAUAACGGACUGAACCAGGACUGAACCAGGUCUAAACCAGGUCUAAACCAGGUCUAAACCAGGUCUAAACCAGGUCUAAACCGGUCUCAGUCCGAGUCUUAGGCCUCGUCUCAGUCUCAGUCCUGGUCUGGUCCUUGUCCUGGUUGAGUCCCGGUCUCAGUCCUAAACCUAGGACUAAACCAGGACUAAACCAGUCUCAGUCCUGGUCUCGGUCCUGGUCUUUAUCCUGGUCCUAUCCCGGUCUCAGUCUAGUCAAACCAGGACUGAACCAGGACUGAACCAGGACUGAACCAGGACUGAACCAGGACUGAACCAGGACUGAACCAGGACUGAACCAGGACUGUCGAGUGAUCAUCAAACUGGGACUAGACCAGGACUGAGAUCGGGACUCAGACCGGGACUCAGGCUAGGAUCAGACCGGGACUGAGACCUGGUUCAGUCCUGGUUCAGUCCUGGUUUAGUCCGUUAUCCGUCUUUUCCAUUUUUCAUUUAAACACAAAAUCGAAAACUGAAAAAACAAAUCAUUAUGUUUUUUUCAUUUUGAUUUUAGAGACAAAUAAUGAAGAAAAUAGUUGUUUUUUUUUCCAUUUUCUUAUUUUUAGUUUUAUUUUGAAAAACAAAUGAACGAAUGACACACAGAUUAAUCCUGUAAAUGUGACAAAUUUUAAUUUAAAUUCCUGCUCAAAUCAGAAUCAAGUUUUAAUAUCUAUAAGGAUCCAAUUUUCCAAGUUUUAAUUUCAAGUUUAAUCCUGUUUCGAAUCGUUUUGUUCCGGUAUUUCUUUGCACAGUUUUAGGUUUUAUUAAGCUGGAAUGUUUUUGAUUUUAUUUUGUGUUUCCAACUUUGUAAAAUUAAAAUAAAUUCAAGCUCAAUUCUGUUUUUCGCCACAAGAUGUCAGGGAAGCGAUGGAUCCGAGUUUAGCCGGAGGCGCAGGAGCAGCUUUAGGAACAACACACUGUAUUUCUGUACCAUUGUUACGAUCGCAUUUGAACUUUUGUAAUAAAAUAUUAUGUUCUUCUA